AUGCCAGCAAUAAUUGAACGUGAAAAAUAUUCUGACAGUUCCAAUGAUGAAAGUUUACAAAAAUCUUCAAGACAUGUUAAAAAUAUAAAUCAUGAUGUUGAAUCUGGACGACCUUUGUUGAACUUUACUUUCAAUUCUACGUCUAUACGAAAUGCCUUUAUUCGGAAAGUUUUCUUUCUUGUUUCAAUUAUGCUUUUGGUCACUGCGUUAAUAACAUCAAUUCCGUUUAUGAACAGUGAUAUUCGUCACUUUGUACAACGUUCUUUUGGACUUUAUAUUAUAAGCUGGUUAUUAUUCACGGUCGUUUAUAUUGCAUUAAUGUGUUGUGAAGGGAUUCGAAGGUCAUAUCCGACCAACUUGAUAUUCACAGCAUUAUUAACUUUAUCAAUGAGUUUGCUGACUAUGUGCAUAUGUGCUUAUCAUGAUAUCAUCUCCGUAUUGAUAUGCUUAGUUAUCACAGCUAUUUGUUGCUUUGGUAUUAUCAUUUUUGCUUUACAAACAAAGUAUGACUUGACAAGUUUUCUUGGAAUAUUAUUCAUAUGCACACUUGUCGUAUUUGUAAUUGGCAUUGUGGCAAUGAUAGCUGCGUGGAUAUUUAACGUCAAAUGGUUGUAUAUAAUAUACGCUGGCCUUGCUGCUAUAUUAUUUAUGGCAUAUUUAGCUGUUGAUAUACAAUUAGUAAUGGGUGGAAAAAAGUAUGAAAUUUCACCAGAAGAGUACAUUUUUGCAGCAAUUACAAUAUUUACUGAUAUAGUUUACUUAUUUUGGAUGAUACUUGGCCUUUUUGGUGGCAUUCAAAAUGAAUAA